AUGGGAAUCACUAUAGACCGAGAAGCAGGAAACUAUGAGGUGCAUGAGUUAGUUGUUGAACACAACCAUGUGUUGCAAUUACCUGGGACAAGCCACUUGAUGCCAUCACAGAGGAAAAUUUCGGCCUUGCAAGCAUUUGAAAUUGAAACAACAGAUGAUUCAGGAAUUGUACCUAGAAAAGCCCAUGAGUUAGCAAGUCGACAAGUUGGUGGUCCACUGAACCUUGGCUACACAUGUCGUGAUCGCAAGAACCACUUGCGAACCAGACGUCAAAGAGACUUGAUGUAUGGUGAAGCUGGAAGUAUGCUCAAGUAUUUUAGAGAUAAAAAGAAUGAGAAUCCUGCAUUUGAAUAUGACAUGCAACUAGAUUGUGAUGAAAAUAUAGCAAAUAUCUUUUGGGCUGAUGCAAGGAUGAUCAUUGACUAUGCUCAUUUCGGUGAUGUUGUUACCUUCGAUACAACAUUUGGGACAAACAAAGAGUACAGACCCUUCGGUGUGUUUGUUGGCUUCAACCAUUUUAGAGAAAUGGUCAUUUUCGGUGCUGCACUUUUAUAUGAUGAGACAUUUGAAUCAUUCAAAUGGUUGUUCAACACGUUCCUAUCAGUGCAUAACAAAAAGCAACCUAGAACAAUAUUUAUUGAUCAAGAUGUAGCAAUGGGUAAUGCAAUUCGGGCAGUAUUUAUGGAAGCAUGGCAUGGGUUGUGCACUUUUCACAUAAUGCAAAAUGCCAUCAGACACUUACCUCAUAAGAAAAAAGAUGAGGAAGGACCAAAUGUACUUGCUGAUUUCAGUGCUUGCAUGUACAAGUAUGAGGAAGAGGAAGCCUUUGAAGAAGCUUUCAAUGCCAUAAGAAGCAAUGUGGAAACACAAACUUGGUUGGACAGCAUCUACAAAGUAAAAGAGAAAUGGGCAAGAUGUUACAUGAGGAAUGCUUACACUAUAGGCAUGAGAAGCACACAAUUAAGUGAGAGCUUGAACAGUGACUUGAAAGACCAUCUAAAGUCUGGUCUUGACAUCCUUCGGUUUUUCAAGCACGUAGAGAGGGUUAUGCAAGGAAAAAGAGAUAACGAGGUAAAUGAGGAAUACGAGUCUAGGAAAAAAUUACCUAGAGUCAGAAUGAGGACUCCUAUGGUAAUACAAGCUAGCAAAGUUUACACACCAUGCAUAUUUGAAGAUUUUCAGAAUGAAUAUGAAAGAUCCAUCUCAGCAUACAUCAAGCCAUCGGUAGAACACAAUGCAUAUACUGUUGCAAUUGCAAGUCUUGACCCAGAAUUCCCAUAUGAAGAAGAGUGCAAAGUACUAGUUAAUUAUGAAGAGCAAAAAGUUUUCUGCAAUUGUGGCCAAUUUGAAAGAGUUGGUAUAUUGUGUAGUCAUGCUUUGAAAGCCCUUGAUGUCAUGAAUAUCAAGUAUCUUCCAGGCCACUAUAUUUUGGAGCGAUGGACUCGAGAAGCGCGAAGCGGCACUAUUGAAAGCAGCCAUGGAAACAUUGUUUUGGAAGAUCCUAGAUCAGAAGAUAGACAACGGUUGAAGUUUUUCAUGCACGAGUUUCUUGGCAUAGCUUCACAAGCAGUAACAUCAGAAGAGUGUAUCAAACUAGUAGAUGAUGCUUUGAAGAUUCUUAGGAAGCAAGUUGAAGAGAAAACUCGCACUACUACAUGCAGAACUGAAGAUAUAUCUAAAGAACCAGAGGAUUGUUUAAAGGAUGCUUCCCUAAAGAAAAAGGAAAUUCCGAAGAAAAAUUCAAGAAGAAAGAAAACAUGGCUUGACAACCAGCACCCCAAUAAAAAGAAGAAGGAGACAACUAAAGCAGUACCCAAAAAUCAAACUCAUUCUAGAGGAAAGAAUGACAUUCCAGUAGCACAAUACCAAGCACCUAUAGAGCAAAUGGCUGGAACAAAUGCAAAUGGUUUGCAAGAAUAUGGGUACUAUGCUCGUCUACUGACGAGUGAAGCUGGUGAUCUUUGGAACUUAUAA